AUGGUUUGUCUCUGUGGCACGACUUACUCUUUGAUGAUGAAUGGGAGGAUUCAUGGUAGAUUUAAGGGAGAGAAAGGUCUUAGACAAGGGGAUACAAUUUCCCCUUUGCUAUUUGUUUGGGAGUUCUGUGAUGCUUUAGGUUUAUCUGCUAAUAAGAGCAAGUCUCAUAUUUACUUUGGAGGUGUUGAUGAGGCUAGUAAGCAACGUAUGUUGGCAGUUGUUAACAUUGAAGAAGGAUCGUUUCCUCUCAAAUAUCUUGGGAUUCAGCUGAGGCCAACUAAAUGGAAAGCUUCAGACUGCGGUCCUAUUAUUAGGAAGAUUCAAUUAAAACUUUAUACUUGGGCUAGCAGACAUCUUUCUUUUUCUGGAAGAGCCCAACUUAUCCAGUCGGUCUUAAUUGGUAUUAGAAGUUACUGGAAGAGCAUUUUCCUUUUGCCUCAAAAACAAGUUUGUUUACCUAAGGAUUAUGGAGGUAUUGGUUUUAGGGAAGGGAAUAAGUGGAAUAAGACUCUUCUAGCUAAAUAUGCGUGGGCUAUUUCCACUAAGCAUGAUUGUCUUUGGAAGCUAGCUAUACUCCGAACCUAUUUUAUGAAUGAGCAUGUUUUGGAUGCUGCAGGGAGGUUUAAGGUGAGAAAAUUCUAUAACUCUUUACUGCAAUGUGAUUCAGAAGGUUCAAAGUUGGUUGGGAUAUACAGAGUGGCCGGUGCAUUUCUCAAAGUGGAUUGCUUGAACAAGUGUUUUAUUGUGCUUUAUAUUGAUGCUAUGAUUAGAAGAGCCAAUGAGGCUAGAGUCUUAUUGCUUCAUUCUCAUUCUCUGAACAACAGAGAACAAGCAGUGCUUGAUUUUGUGGCUCGAAUGUAG